AUGUUACAGGUAAUCGGUGGCCCAGACGUAUGGGGGGCACUUGAAGAACCUUCACCACAGCCAACAAGAUUGAUUAAGAUUUUUGAAAAAGACAAAAAAAAAAGGAUCAACUAUUUAUUGUUUGUUUUUCAAAAAAUAACGCCUACACUAUCAAAG